GAGCAAGCUUUGCGAGCUCCAUGGCGCCUCCAAACAAGCGAGCGAAGAAGGAUGACGGCAGUGAGACGAAUGCCGAUGGAGCCGAGCCUGCGUUUGAGCGGCGCAACCCGUCGCACAUCAAGAACAAGAUGAAGCGCCAGAUUGUGAUGCAGAAGUUCCGCAAGGAGAAGAAGGAGGCAAAGAAGGCGGCGCAGCUGAAGCGCCGACGCGAGGCCGAAGAGAUGGGUGAAGAGGCACCGGCCAAAAUGGAGCCGCGCACCAUCGACAACACGCGUGAGAAGGAAGUGACGAUGGUCAGCAACGAAGGCGACGAGGAGAUCGAGGCUGACGAGCGUGACGACGAGUUCGCCAGCAUCUUUGCCAAUGAGGAGGCACCCAAGCUCAUGAUCACCACGCGCCCGUUCCCUUCAGGUGAACUGUACCACUUUAUCAAGGACCUCAUGGAUCUGCUACCCAAUUCGUUCUACUACAAGCGCGGGACUUUUGACAUCAAAGAGAUUGUGCAAUUCGCCAGCAACAAGAAGUUCACGCAUCUCAUCGUGCUGUCUGAGAAAAGCAAGAUCUGCAAUGGUAUGCUCGUUAGCCGCUUACCUGAGGGCCCAACAGCGUUCUUCAAGGUAUCAAACGUGAAGUUGACCGCCAGUAUCAAGGAGCGCGGUCGCCGCACAAACCACCAACCGGAGCUGAUUCUCAACAACUUUUCGACGCGUCUGGGUCACCGGGUGGGUCGAUUUUUGGGCUCGUUGUUUGAGCACCAACCGGAGUUUGAGGGUCACCAGGUCGUGACGUUUCACAACCAGCGCGACUUUAUCUUCGUACGACACCACCGCUACACGUUUGAGAACGAGAAGAAGGCGCGUCUACAAGAGAUUGGACCGCGCUUUACAAUGAAGUUGCGAUGGCUGCAGCAGGGAACGUUCGACACCAAGUUCGCGCUGUACUCGGAGAUGGUAGUCGCCGUGAAUUACCAGCCCUUCACUCGCAAAUUGGAGCUGGGCGACGCCAAGCAGCCGAAGUGCUGGACGAAGUCAUGCGUUUACGGCGAAAGAACCAACGAGAGCUACCGAAGAUUCAGGCCAUAUUAAAGCGAAUUGCCAUGUAGCCAUCUUUUCGGCGCGACGUUAUUAUGCAGGAUAUAACUACAUCUCCACCUAAUCCGCCUCCGACUCGCCGAGCGUCUACGGCUGUACUUUCAAAGCGGCCGAAAUAUUUAUGUGAACUUUGGCACGAAUACCAGGUCGGAUGCGGUGACCUGAAAGCAGCAAAAGACUUUACGGCAAUCGAGCGUGGUGCGAGCAAGUUCGCCUUCUCUAGCUCUGGGACGUAGUCGCUAGCUUGGUGCGCUCAGGUUUUACCAGUGACGCAGCGAUAGACAAGGUAUAUUCAGUCUAUGGUAGGCAGCUCUCAGUGUCAA